AUGAAGAAAGAAAUUCUUGGGGAAGAUCAGUCAGCUGUGGCUAACUCAAAAAAUGAUUCUGCUGCUGAAACGAGUUUAAAUGCAACUGGUGCACAUGGAGAGGUUCGACAAGAGAAGAAUAGUCGACAAGGAAGUGUUGUCAUUGGAGUUGAAAAGGAAGAUGAUUUUCGCCGUUUAUCAAUGUUGUGGGAUUCAUUCAAAGCUAGAAAAAGCAUCUGCGGAAAUAAUUUGGCUUUGUUCGAAGAGCCAAGUGAACCUUUCAUUAGUUCCUACCUCAAAGGUUAUACAACUCCAGGUCCAUUAGAGCGUGCAAAAAGUAGACAUGCCAAGACAGAACUUGGUGUUAUGCUGGGUGUUUAUUUACCAACAAUCCAGCAUAUUCUUGGUGUGACCAUGUUUAUACGUCUUUUUUGGAUGGUGGGUAUCGCUGGUAUCGCUCAAACCUUCAUUAUUUUGUUUAUCUGUUGCCUUUGUACAUUCCUGACCAGCAUAAGCUUAUCAGCUAUAGCAACAAAUGGUGUCGUAGAAAGUGGCGGUGCAUAUUUUAUGAUUUCACGAAAUCUUGGACCUGAAUUUGGUUCAGCUGUUGGCAUACUGUUUUAUUUGGCUAACACUGUUGCCACAGCGAUGUAUCUCGUCGGUGGUGUCGAAAUAUUACUGCUUUACAUAUUUCCUGGUUUGACAAUCGGUGGUACAGAAGUUCAUUCAGAUACAGGAUUCAUGGGUUGUAUGUCUCAUAACUUGCGAUUUUACUCUACCAUUUUGUUGCUAUUGGAAUUUGCAAUUGUUGCGAUGGGAGUUAAAUUCGUCCAGCUCUUCGCACCGGUUUCAUUAUUUUGUGUUAUCUUAUCAAUCUUCGCCUGUUACGCUGGUGGAAUUGAAAAAACGAUCACAUCGUCUGGUUCACAGCAUGUAUGCAUGUUGGGCAAACAUUUAUUACAAGCACGGGUUGUUUUACCUGCUGACGCUCCACUUUCGGAUAUUUGCAAUUAUUGUAAUGCUUCCGUAUCUGGACCGUUACUAAAUUAUUUUUGUCCAAAUGGUGAAUGCUCCGAAAUGUUCGUAAAAAAUGAAUUACGAUGUGUUAAUGGUUUCCCGGGAUUUGGAAGCAGCGCAUUUAUCGAUAACUUGGGACCAAAUUAUGUUGGCAAAAAUGAAUAUCUGAAGGGGAAAUUAGCUAAUCGAAAUGUAGAAGUAUUCCAAGAUGUUAAAACAACGUUUUUUGUAUUACUUGCUAUUUAUUUUCCGGCAGUUACCGGAAUUCUGACCGGUGCUAAUAUGAGCGGAGAUUUAAAGGCACCAAAUUUUUCAAUCCCAUCUGGUACUAUUACCGCUCAACUGACAACAUCAUUUAUCUAUUUCUCGCUUGCUUUGGUUUUUGGUGCGACGAUCAAUGGUUCUGUAUUGCGAGACAAAUAUGGGCAAUCAUUACGUGGUGGCAUGGUCGUUGCCAAUUUAGCUUGGCCAACAGAAUGGCUUUUAUUGAUCGGAUCAUUCCUAUCGACAUUUGGUGCUGCUCUUCAAUGCCUUUGCAGUGCGCCACGUCUCCUGCAAUCAAUUGCUAAAGAUGACGUAAUACCAAUUUUAAAACCAUUUGCUAAAGUCACGUCCAAAAAUGAGCCAUUUAAAGGGUUGGUGAUAACGACCAUAAUAGCAGAAUUAUCAAUACUAAUGGGUGCAAUGGAUCAUAUAGCUGCUGUGGUUGAUUUUUUUUUCCUGAUGUGCUAUGCAUUUGUGAAUUUAAUCUGUGCAUUACACUCACUUCUCGGUGCACCAAACUGGAGACCGCGAUUCAAAUUCUACCACUGGUCUCUAGCAUUACUUGGAGCAGGACUUUGUUUUUUCAUUAUGUUUAGCACUCAUUGGGAUUACGCAAUUGUUUCCUGUGUACUUUGUCUUGUCAUAUACAAAUAUGUGGAAUGGAAGGGUGCUAAGAAAGAAUGGGGCGAUGGAAUUCGUGGUUUAGCCCUUACAACAGCGCAAUAUUCAUUAAUGAAAAUUAAUGAGACGGAUCCACAUCCAAAGAAUUUCCGACCACAAUUAUUGUUGCUUUUAUCAAUGCCAUGGUCCAAAGAUCUUGUCGAUAUGCGCUAUUUGAAUUUGAUCAAUUUAGCAUCACAACUUAAAGCUAGUCGUGGUUUAACCAUUGUUGUCGCAUUUUUACGUGGCGAUCCUCUGGUUAUUGAUGAUAGGAAAAGAGCGGAAGAGGUAAAAGCACGAAUGGAAUUCGAUAUGAAUCAAAUCAGACUUCGUGGUUUUGCAAAAACAUUGGUGUAUGGUGAAACACAAAUUGGAGGAAGUGUUUCAACGUUGAUUCAAAGUGUUGGAAUAGGUGGAUUACGACCAAAUACCCUUCUGCUAAGUUGGCCUGUUCACACGAACGGUUCUUCGCGUGAAGCUAUUGAUUCGGAAUAUCAUACAUUCACUGAUAAAUUGCAUGUUGGUGUUGCAACAGAUAUGUGCCUCGUUGUUGCCAAAGAUAUUGUUAAUUUCCCAGUUUCGGCUAUUCGUCUUGCUGGAACCAUUGACGUGUACUGGAUUGUACAAGAUGGCGGUUUAUGUAUACUUAUCGCUUACUUAUUAAUUCAAAGCAAAGUGUGGCGGGGAUGCAAACUUCGAGUGAUAGCAAUUGCUCAGGAAACGGAUAAUAAUACAAAGCUACAAGCAGAUCUUCAGAAAUAUGUUUAUCAACUAAGAAUUGAUGCCAGAAUAAUGGUCAUAGAACUAUCAGAUCCCAAAAUUUCAAAGAAUGCUUUCGAAAGAACACUUCUUAUGGAGGAAAGAACUCGAUAUAUGCAUGAAAUGUAUGAAAUGAAAAAGAAUUUAAACAAAGUAUCGCCUAUGAUGAUGACAGAGAUGAAGCAAAAUGGUAAGCUGAAUAGUGAUGAUAACGACACAGACAGUGAAACGAAAGGCAAGACUGAUGAUAAAAAUGCUGAUGAUGAUAAUGAGAAAACGCCGACAUCGUCAAAAGAAAAAGUAUCAACGCUGAAGAAAGCAACAUCUCCAGAAAAAACGCACUCAAAUCAUGAUGAAAAGAGAGUGACAAUAGCAGAAUCGAAGAAUGAAAUUGUGGGAGGAAAUGACAAUGACGAUCGCAAUAAAAAAUUCAGGAUGCUCGACAAAAAAAAGGUGCGCAAAAUGCACACAGCAGUUCGACUGAAUGAAUUGAUUCUUUCAAAUUCUGCUGAUAGUCAACUAGUGCUGCUCAAUUUACCAAAGCCUCCAGUUGCUAAAGAAGGCCUUGAUGAUUAUAUGCAUUACCUUGAAGUAUUGUCUGAUAAAAUUCCUCGUAUUUUAUUUAUACGAGGAACAGGCAAAGAAGUUAUUACGACAUAUUCUUGA